AUGCAAGACUUUGCCGAUUCAGCAUAUGCAACCGACGUCGAGUGGCUCGUCCUUAGGCCACCCAACGUCGGCGGUAGCCUCUCUCUUCCGUCUCCGCUCGACGAGCAGCCCGAAUAUGUAUCGCUCUUUGUUGCUUCCCAGCUCUAUGGGUUCUCUGCCUUUCGAACCGCAAAAGGCUUUGGCCUCGUUCAGACGGCCGAUCUCCUCGCCGCCCUCAAAAAUGGCGCCAAAAACCAGGACACGCCAAUCGCCGCCUCAAUCAUCAAGUCCGUCGAUCAUGACGACCGUAUCCUCCAUAUUGCUCUCAGUGUCGACGAGGAAACUGUGAUCACUGCAGACACCGCCGGCGCCAUUCGCGGGUACUCUGCCUCGGCGAUCCUUGACGGCCCCGCAAGUGUCCAGCCCUUGUGGAAGAUUGCCCUGGAUAAGGAUGACCUUAUCACGGAUCUGCGUGUCAACCCCGGCGCCUUGAAGAGUACCCUGGCUGUCCUGACCCAGUCCGGCCACGUCCGUCUCGUCGACUACGCUUCUCCCACCAAGACCGCCUCCAAGCUCGCAAUCAAUGCGACUGCUACGUCCUUGUGCUGGAGCCCACAGGGCAAGAGUCUUGUCGUGGGAACCUCGGAGGGCAACCUUAUAACUUGCGCCUCCGACGGUGCCGUCAAGAAAACCAUCCCUCCUCCCGUUUCGCCAUGCGACUGCCAAGUCCAAGAAGUCAUCUGGAUCACGCAAAAGUCCUUGGGAGUCCUCUAUGCGACUCCUGUCGAUCGCAGCGACCCUGACGCCGUAGUCGACACCGAAUCCUUCGUUAUUUUGACCAAGAAAGACGAUGACAAAUUUGACUACCGUCCCCUGGACUUUCCCUGCCCGAGCAUGAAUACUCUCAAGGGCCGCUGCUUUUUGCCGCUUAUUCGGAACUGGGAUCAAGAGGCCCAGCACUUUAUGAUCGCUCUCAAUACCGGUGCCUGCGACGGCGCUUACUUUGGCCAGGGCAACGAUUCGCUUUGGAACGGCUGGGCCCUCGACGGUAGCUCAAUUUCCUACCCAUUUGGAUCCGAUGGCAUGGAGGUCUGGCCCAUAGGCGCAGCCAUCGAUUUGACCUCGACUGAUGAAGUUCCAAACGAUAAUCCCCAUGAGCCACCCCUUCCAGCGUCGCCAGUCCUAUACAUCAUGUUCAGCAAUGGCACCAUUCGUGGCUACUAUUGCAUUCGAAAGGAUGGGGUUGCUUAUGGGCAUAUGAAGAAACCGAUUGCGCUGCCCAAGAGCUCUUUAUCCAACCAAGCCGUUGCCUCAGUCGCCGUCAAGAAUGGGUUCUCUGCACUCGGCUCAGCCUCUACUCCUGCGCCUGCAUUCUCCUUUGGCUCAGCCGCUAGUCCCGCAGCAGCCCCCACCUUCGGUUCAACUUCCACACCUGCAGCAGCUCCCACCUUUGGCUCGGCCUCUGUCAAGAAUGGUUCAGCUGCAUUUGGCUCAACUUCCACACCUGCAGCUGCUCCCACCUUUGGCUCGGCCUCUGUCAAGAAUGGGUUCUCUGCACUCGGCUCAGCCGCUACUCCUGCGCCUGCAUUCUCCUUUGGCUCAGCCGCUAGUCCCGCAGCAGCCCCCACCUUCGGUUCAACUUCCACACCUGCAGCUGCUCCCACCUUUGGCUCGGCCUCUGUCAAGAAUGGUUCAGCUGCAUUCGGCUCAACUUCCACUCCUGCAGCUGCUCCCACCUUCGGUUCAACUUCCACUCCUGCAGGAGCCUCCAAGUUGGGUACCAAGUUGACUGCCGCAACCCAAUCGGCUGCUAGCCCAACCACUGGAUCGAAUCUCCGACCAAUCUCGGGCGAACCUUCAACACCCAUCAAACAAUCGAACGGACCUAAAGAUUCGUCGUUUGCCGCUGCGGCUACCCCUCCCACAAGAGACGCCAUCCCAUCUAAGGCUCCCGUCAGUCCAAUCGGCAGUGCACUCACCACAGGGCCAAGUGCCACCAAUGAUCAAUCCAAACCUGUCAAGAUUUCGGCCCCCGCCCUCUCAAACUUGCCGCCUGCAUCCCCUCCUCGUAGAGCUGCCGACACAGCUCCGCUCUCAGAGAAGCAAAAGACCCACGUCGAGGCUUUUCUUGCCAUCGAGCAAAAAUACAACGAAACUCUACAGAAGCUCAAAGACGAAUACCGUCGCGUUGGCUCACAGCUUGACCAAGCGCCGUCUGUUGCCCAAGUGGAGGACCUUCAAGCGCGAGUGCUCGAGCUCAAACGAAGGUUUGAUGAGCGCGACACCAGCUCAACUCUUGAUUUGAAGGACAGAUGCCUCAAUCCAGCCAACCUCACUGCCUCAGCGCGGGCCUAUGAACGCCAAUUCGAGACCCUCCUUGAGUCUGCCGAUCAAUCCGAACAGCAAGUGAUUGCCAGAGGACUUGGCGCCGAGACUCUGUCUCAAAAGAAACAUCUUGAGCGAAAAGAGAGUUCCAUUCGCGCCCAGCUUCAGCAACUUCAGGAGCAUGUCGCCAUCGACCGGUUCUCGGCCAAUCACUCCAGGCCCAAUACUUUUGAACAGGCCUAUCGCGUUGCCUACUAUACUCGCACAAAAGCCGGAACCGUGGCUGGCGAUGUGGACUACCUUAGCAAGCGAAUGGCGGAGCUCUGCGCCUCUAGACCUGAUCUAGACUCGCUCGGCGCUGCCCAUCACAGCGGUCGAUACGGUUUGCUUGAUGACAUUGACUACGAGAUGCCCAGUCUCAGCCCCAACCGCAGCGAGGCCGUCGAAGCUCUCCAGAAGAACAUCCAGGCCCGCCGUGAUCUGCAGAGUCGACUGAACGACCAUGCGCAUCAAGAGCGAGUGGUCGCAAGGACGAUUGAGUUCAAGCCGCGGUUCGGCCUGCGUGGCCACAUCAACGCGAUCGUCGCCGCUGCCAACAAAUCAAGCUCCGAGAAAAAGGCGCUCGAGGAGCAGCAACAGCAGCAGCAGUUGUCGCUACAGAGUUUGGCCAAGCCCAUAGCAGUCGAUGCUUCGACAUCGCCUACCACUGCGGAUGAUGCAGUGUCAUCUCCUGUCAAAUUUGAUGACACAGACGACGCAUCCUCGUGGCAUUGUCCCAUGUGUAGCCGCCAAUGCAUGUGUGCCACCACUUCGCCGGAGCACUUGGCCUGCCCCUCUACUCCCGAAAGUGGUAGCAAAGCGGCUCCCCCGCCUCCGGCCCCGGGCUUUGCAACAUUCGUGGCGCGAGCGACUCAAACUCCCUCAGAACAGUCACCCGUGGCCACACCCUUCAAGUUUGGCGCGUUGCCGAGUGCCCCCGCCGAUGAAGCGGCCACCACCGACAAACCACAGGCAGAUUCGGGUGACCAGGCCGACCAAAAGGUCCAGGACGCAUCCGGCAAAGUGUCUGCAAAGGCCGACACCGAGCCCCCCAAGCUGAUCUUUGGCUUCUCUGUCGUCGAGUUUGCCGCUCCAAAACCAGUGGAAGGAGCACAAAAGGCACCCGCCGCAUCCAAGCCCGCAUUCGACUUUGCAGCUGUCGGAUUCUCGAUGCCCAAACCUGCCGAAGGCUCGUGGAAGUGUCCUGUGUGCGAUAUCACAAACACCAAGGACAAGGUCAAGUGUGCCGCCUGUGAGGCACCAAACCCAUCUGGUUCUGCAAGUGUGAAUGGCUCGGAUGAGAACAGCUCCGCCAAGAAGCCGGCCCCUGCGUUCUCCUUUGGUGCAGCGGCUGGUGGAUCGUCCAGCAGCGGAUUUGGAUCGAGUGCAUUUGGGGCCAAUGGAGGGUUUGGCUCCAGCAGCAGCAGCAGCAGCAUAUUCAAUGCAGCCGGUGGCUUUGGAUUUGGCACUGGCGGGGCCUCCGGGGUCUCAACCUCCACGGCCGCUACUGCCGGGUUCAGCUUUGGUGGCGUCCCUUCGAUUCCUGCAUCGGCCUCAGCGGAUACAACGACUGACAACUCCAAGGGCCUGUCUGAUGUUUCUGCCAGCGACGAGGAUGUCUCCGAAGAUGAUCUCGAUGGAUCUGAAGACUAUGAUGAUGUUGGCCAAGAUUCCGAGGACGAGUCCUACGGCAUAUCAGAGCAUGAAGAUGAUACGGAUUCCGAUGAGGGUUCUCAGAAGGAUCCGGAUAACAUCUCCGAGAUUGAGAUCAGGACGAGCAGCUCUCCUCAACCCAAGCCCGCGUUCGACUUUGCAGCUGUUGGAUUCUCGAUGCCCAAACCUGCCGAAGGCUCGUGGAAAUGUCCUGUGUGCGAUAUCACAAACACCAAGGACAAGGUCAAGUGUGCCGCCUGUGAGGCACCAAACCCAUCUGGUUCUGCAAGUGCGAACGGCUCUGAACAGAAGAGCAGCUCCCCUCAACCUAAGCCCGCAUUCGACUUUGCGGCUGUCGGAUUCUCGAUGCCCAAACCUGCCGAAGGCUCGUGGAAGUGCCCUGUGUGCGAUAUCACAAACACCAAGGACAAGGUCAAGUGUGCCGCCUGUGAGGCACCAAACCCAUCUGGUUCUGCAAGUGCGAACGGCUCUGAACAGAAGAGCAGCUCCCCUCAACCUAAGCCCGCAUUCGACUUUGCAGCUGUCGGAUUCUCGAUGCCCAAGCCUGCCGAAGGCUCGUGGAAGUGUCCUGUGUGCGAUAUCACAAACACCAAGGACAAGGUCAAGUGUGCCGCCUGUGAGGCACCAAACCCAUCUGGUUCUGCAAGUGUGAAUGGCUCGGAUGAGAACAGCUCCGCCAAGAAGCCGGCCCCUGCGUUCUCCUUUGGUGCAGCGGCUGGUGGAUCGUCCAGCAGCGGAUUUGGAUCGAGUGCAUUUGGGGCCAAUGGAGGGUUUGGCUCCAGCAGCAGCAGCAGCAGCAUAUUCAAUGCAGCCGGUGGCUUUGGAUUUGGCACUGGCGGGGCCUCCGGGGUCUCAACCUCCACGGCCGCUACUGCCGGGUUCAGCUUUGGUGGCGUCCCUUCGAUUCCUGCAUCGGCCUCAACGAGCAAGCCUUCUGAGGACAGCUCCAAGACAAAUCCUGUCCCUUCUCAAUCCACCACCAAGCUUGAUGGCGCAUCUCCAACCAAAACAGACGAAUCGGUUGCCAAGCCAAUUGCUAGCGCCCCCGAUGUCAAGUUCGGCGCCUCCGGAUUUGCGUCUGCAAGUGCAUCCGGAUCACUGCGGCUGCCCAAUGCCUCGCUCAACUUUGCCUCCUCCCCAUCUGCAUCUGGCAGCUUGAGCUUCGCCAGCGCCCCGUCUACCGGAUUCGGACUGGAUGGCAAGCAAAAAGCGAACGCACCCUCAAGUCUUGGAAGCUCUCCGGUCCAUGUCAGCAACGUUUCGUCGUUCCGUGGGGAGUCCAUGUCCGAUGAUGGCGACAUCAGUGAUGAGUACGAUCGAUUCUCGGAUAUUGACCAGGACGAUAAGGAUGAGAACACCCCGUCCGGCAAUCUUGAUGAAACAAUCACAUCGUCAGGAUUUUUCCAGUCUCAGUCACUCGGAAGCACAUCGCUAGCCGCGAGUCGCUUCGGCGCAGCCAACCCCAGGUCACCUCCAGUCUCUGGUCCGGUGUUUGGGACCUUUGGGGCCUCCGACAGCGGCAACAGACAGACUGCGUUUGGUGCAGGCCCAGCGUUCUCCAAGCCAUCAAUCCCUGCACCGACUUCCUUUGAGUCGUUUGCCACUAGGCCAUCAACUGCAUUUGGCCAGCCAUCACCCAUGCCAUCUGUCUUUGGUGGCGCGGGAUCCGCAUCGGGUGGGAUUCCAGCAUUUGGCCAGGCCUCGAUGCCUUCGGCGCCUAAAUUUGGCCAAGCCUCGGCUCCUGCGGCACCCGCGUUUGGCCAAGUUGCCGGCGUUAGCGCCUUUGGAGGUGUAGCAAGCUCUCAGCCGGCAAAUGCCCCAAGAUUCGGAGGUGACUCAAGCCGCGUCUUUGGCCAGUCAAAUGCAGCCUCUGAGACGAGCAGCACCUCGUUUGCCAGGCCCAAGCGCGUCUUUCUCGAGCUUCCGCUGAGUGAUAUCCGGAUCCACAUCGACAUGACUUUGCUGAAUGCGGCUUCGUUCGUGGAACACGACCUGUCGCCCAUGAACAUGCGAUCGAUACUGGAUGAGGCCAGCGAUGUUGGGUCUCCGGAGAUCAAGUCCUCUGCUUUUUGCAUCCAUUCUGUCCAGACUCCUCUGCCUGCCCCAACCAUUGAUCUCGAUCUUGCUGCCCGUGGUCCGAAUAGCAGCUUGUUUUCGCCAGUCGGGUCAUCGCUCCGGCCUUUUGUUGAUAUCGGCCAAGACGCCUACGAGCCCCCGGCCUCAGCAAAGACCCCUCGGCUUCGCCGCAAGUCUUCGAUUCCGAUUCUUUCGCCAGCGUUGCGAUCUGGUUUGGCCGAGCCCUCGUUCCCGGGCGCAACCUCCCGGUCUCCCAGUUCGACUCUAAGCUCAAACAGUCCAUCGCCGAAUUCAGCAACCGAGCGAUUGAGUCAAAAGACUCUGCUCCGCAAAUCGUCUAUUCCGGUGAUGUCGCCCCCAGCGCUAACCGGCGCCGAUCUCACAAACCAACUUGGCGCCUUGAGGCUCGACAAGUCUAGAAUCGCACACCAAGCUGCAACCGGCAUAUCGAUGACUCCGAUCAAGCGGACCAGCAUCUUCCGGCAUCUGUCCAAGGACACACCUCCUGAGCCCGGCCGACAGGACCCGCCCCUCUUUGCCGACUCACUGGUCGAGCUUGCCAAGCAAAGCCAGGCUCCAGUGGCCGCUGUCCCAAGAGCGGUUGAAUCCAAAGGCUCUGAUGAUGCUGAAACACACCCUCGAGUCCGCAAGCUCCAGAGCGGCAAGUCCCUUCGCAGCAGUCCACGCCUUGCGGCCAAACGAUCCCAAGAGCUGACAAGAAAUUCGGCAGUGCUUGGCGAUAGUAUCCGCAAAGACGAGCAAGCGACUGGACAUCUACAUUGGCCCGGUUUGAGCAACAGCGGGGAGAGCAACGCCAUCGAUAUUCCCUCCGCAGAUUCGGCUCCAUAUCCAGGCGGCGAGAUGGAGCUCUUCCUCUCACCUCCAAAAACGUCCACCGUAGGAAUGAUCCCCAAUGCAAGUAGUGAAGGCGUUGUGGGCUUCACUUCCCCUCCGGAUCAGCGGAAUGGCGUGAUAUUGGAUUCACCAUUGGCUGCCCUGACCUCUGCCAUGGAGCUCGUUUCGCAAGAGCCGACCGUCCAAGAGCAAACCGCCGGAGGGCACUUGAUCGCCCAGGACAACAUUCCGCAUUUCUUCGAGCCACGACUCUCUCCACAAGAGCUGGCCUCUGGAUUCCCACCCAUGGAUGAAUAUUUCGCUGCCCAGUCGUUCCCGUUGGGAAGACUAGAUGGGAGCGAUCGAUCAGAAGGGCCUUUUCUCUUCACACCCAAGCGGGACGCACGGGGCCGAUAUAUUCCCGAGUAUGAGGCCCCCACGCCCAAGGCCGAAGGAAAGGUGGACAUAUUGAACUCACCCGGAAUCGGCUUCCGCAAGCUCCCAUCGACCCCAGCAGCACUUCGAGCCCAAAACAAAAGCCAAAGCCAGCUGUCAUCGCCAACGCGAACGAAGGGACCCGCUCCAGAGCAGCAGUUAGAGCUCAAAGCAGAGACCAAGAAGUCCAAUGGAAAGGUUCUCCAAAACAUCCAAAACUAUAAAGCCCACGGCGAUCAGCCACAGCAAGUCGCCCGGCCAGUAGCAACACAGCAGGUUCUUCUGAAUAAGAAUAAGGUGCUGGCGCAGCUAAACUUCCAGCGGCAGCAGCAACAGCAACCGCAGCAGCAACAACAACAAAUUACGCUUCAGCAGCAGACGCAAGAACUGCAGCUGCAUGUUCAGGCCAAGCUCGCCGAAAACCCUGUCCAGACAGCCGUGAUACUGGGAAGCCGAUCAGGUAGUCAGCCUCGGAACAUCAAGGUCGAGAUUCCAACCAUUUCAUACGACGACGCUUCCAAGUACACCCUGCUGCUUUGCAACUUGGGUGAGAAGCCUGUUCCUUGGAGCCUCGAACGUUUAGGACGAACAUAUGCCGAUUCCUCCGCCUCCUCGACCCGAGGACCCGGUGCACCGCUGCAAGCUCUGGCCGACGAAACCGUCUUUCGCCAUAGCCAGAACAGCGGUCGACUCGGAGCCUUUGAAACACUGGCGAUUUCAAUCGACUUUACGCCAAAGCCGAUGGCGGCCAAGUACACGCAAAAGUACCAGCUCCGCAGUCAAUCCAGGAUGACCCACCUUCAGUUCGAGAUUGACGUCACUCGGCCACGGAUCACCCCGACACCUACCAGCAUGUCAAGCUCCGGGACAUCUGUAUCGGGCCCCUUGGGCUCGAGUGCUUCGGUCUUGAAGCGAUCAAUCAAGUCAGGAGCCAUCGAUGCUGUCUCGAAAAUGGGAGAUGGGCUCGCUGCUUCCAAGACGCACACUCGCGCUAAUGCUCUGCGCGGCCAGGUUCGUCCUCCUGGCAUCCGCGAGGUUCGCAAAACCCGGGCGACCCAAGCUGCGGACCGUGCAGCAACAAGGCCUCUGAAGACCCGAUCGCACAUGGUAGCUCGACAUCGCACCAACCUUGAAGCUCGUCUUGAGCUGCGUGAUCACCAAGCCCCAUAUGCCGCUCCCAAAGCCAUCGCCUCGACUGCAAUCGGAGAGACAAUGCCCCGGAAGGCUGUGGCCAGUCAGGGUGCGCCCAGUCGAGCUGCAGCCCCCGUCGCCUCCUAUACCGCACUGUCUUCCAAGCGGAGAGACAUUGAGCUCCAGGUGAGCGGCGCCCGGUCACCAAAGUUGAUUGACUUUUACGAAGCACUCGGUCCGACGCCGCUGGGACAGGCGGCCACGCAGGUCCUCACGGUCCACAACAACAACACAAAGAAAACCAUCAUCGUCGAGGUCAUGGUUGGGAAGCCCUUCACGAUUCUGAAGGAACGGCGCUUCAAAAUUGAGAGCGGAAAGAGCCGCUCGGUCGAGAUAGAAUACCGUCCUGAGCGCACUGGCCCGGUCAAGGACACACUCAUAGUCAAAGGUGGCAACGACAUUCUCCGGGUUGCCCUUGCUGCUCAGGCUGUGUGA